CUGCUAGCUGCGAGGGUACCGGUGACCAUGAGAUCUCUGCAGCUACUCAGAACCCCCUUCCUGUGCGCCCUGCUCUGGGCCUUUUGUGCCCUGGGUGCCAGGGCCGAGGAGCCCGGGGCCAGCUUCUCCCAUCCCAGCAGCGUGGGCCUGGAUAAGAGCACAGUGCAUGACCAAGAGCAUAUCAUGGAGCAUCUAGAAGGUGUCGUCAACAAACCAGAGGCAGAGAUGUCCCCACAAGAACUGCAGCUCCAUUAUUUCAAAAUGCAUGAUUAUGACGGCAAUAAUUUGCUUGACGGCCUAGAACUCUCCACAGCCAUCACUCAUGUCCAUAAGGAGGGAGGGAAUGAACAGACACCAAUGAACGAAGAUGAACUGAUCAGCUUAAUAGAUGGUGUCUUGAGAGACGAUGACAAGAACAAUGACGGAUACAUUGACUAUGCCGAGUUCGCAAAAUCACUGCAGUAGACACGAUGUGGCCACCUCCCAGUUAGAUGCAAAUGUGAAGCGUUAUAAUGUGAUCGAACACUUUCGGUAAAAUGCAAAAUAACUCGUUUCCAAAAUACUGCUACGGUGUUUUGAACCUGUAGGAGCUUGUUACACUGGGGUGAGAAAGAGAAAUCAAGAGAAAUCAAAAAGCAGAGAAAUGGGACAUACUGUAGUCCCCAAGUACUAUUAAAUCUCUUAUUGGACAAGG